UCUGGGGAUCAAAUUUUAGAUUUGAGAGUUGAAGAAGAGGUCGAUGACAUAUGAGAUGAAGGAGGAGAGCCAGCUUCGCAUUCAGGUGUGAGAGAGACAGAGCGAUAAUUCUCAUGGCUCGUGAAGGAAUGUAUCCCUUGAACGGAACCCAAACAAUGGCGAGCCGUAAUUAGAUGAAUCGUAAUUAACUACUGUGUGUAGUGGUCGUCUCUCAACAUCAUCAGAAGAAUAUUUGUGCUUAUUUUCGGGCGUGUUCAGUUUCAAGAUUGUUCAAACCCUAAGAAAUUAGGCUGACCGUCCUUCGUGAUCUCCUAUGGUCAUUUGAUUUUUAUUAUGGGACUUCUGGAGAUGCAGCAGUGUUGGUCACCAUCAGGGACCCCUGCUUAGUGUCUGAGAGCUGAAACCAAUUUCAUUAUGGAUACCUUUGUAACUCAAAUUGGAGAUGUAACUAUUCAGAGGGUAACACCACAAAGUGAUUCACCUGCUGUGGAGAGAGAUGAAACUCAAGCUGAUACCAGUACCACCAAAAUGGAGGAUUCAACGGCAACCUCAGAGGUCAAGAAUGCAUCAUCUAGUGACCCGGAGAAAAAUGAAGCUGUCCAGUCUCCAGAAUCCAUGACGCCUGAUGCAAAAGUAAAAUCUGAAUCAUAUCCGAAACACAGUGCGGAUGAUAGUAAGGACUUGACUGAUGUCAAGAAUGAAACGGCUGUCGAAACAGAAGGAAGUGAGAAUCCGAAAGCACUUUCUGAUGCUGUGAAUUAUCCUAGUGAACAUCAUGAGAACAGAGAGGAUGAGGAAGAUGGAGUAAUGGAUGCCUCUCAAUUCCUUGAAAUGGCUCAGGCUGAGGCAGGUACAGCAGAAGAGGCUCCCUCAUAUUUUCAAAGGAAGACAGAAGAAGGUGAAAACAGUUCAAGAGAAGAUGAAGACUUCGGAGAGGAGGAAAAUGGAAACAGCACAAGUGGGAAGAAGAAACGUAAGGUUCCCAAAACAGAGCCAUAUAAUGAAGACGAAGCAAUGGAAGAAGGAGAUCUCAAUGGUGGUAUGGAAGAUGUAAGUUAUGCUGAUCAAGUAUUUGAGGGAAUGGCAGAAGGAGAGAUGGGCCUUGAUGAACUGGCACCCAUUAAGAAAGAAGCUGACGAUCCAAACUUUGAUUAUGAUGGUGGAAGCCAAUCAAUGGAAGGAGAAGCAAAAGAACUAGAAAAUAAACAAGGAGAAGAAGAGGAUGAAGACAAGCCAGAUGGUGGGGACGUUAAAAAGAAACUUAGAACCAGGGGUAAAAGGAAAAUUCUUGUUGAGGAUGAUACUGAUGAAAGUGAGGAAGAAAGGAAAAAGAAGCGUAAAAAGAAGAAGAAAAAGGGAGAAAAAGGUGAUGCUAGUGAGACAUCAGAGGAAACAGAAAGUGAAGAUGAUGGUUCUGGCAAAAAGAAGAAAAAGAAAAAGAAACCUAAGAAAAAGGGCAAAAAGAAAGAUGAUGAUGACGAUGGCAGUGGUGGAGAUAAAAAAGAUGAUAAGAAAACAUCAAACAUGCGUCGUAACAUCCGAGAUGUAAUGGAUGAAACUCAGCUCGAUGAGGCAACAUUAGCUGCUCAGCGACAGGAAAUGGAGCGUUUACAACGAGUUCAGGAACAGCAAAGAGUUUUACGCGAGAUGGCAAUUCAAAAGAAAGAGCAGCAGAGGGCGGAGCACAAAGUCAUGUCCCUUCUUCAAGGAACCUCAUCAAUUCUGAAGCAGGUUUCUGUUGGUCCAGCUCAGGCCAGUAAAAGUGGCUCAUCUAGUUCCUCCGCAAACACUGUUGUGGUCAAAGUUGGUUCAGGUGCAACUGCCCAAUCUAACAAGAAGGUGUUGGAACUUCUAAAAAUCCCUAAAGGGACAUCUGCUGAAAUCACACCGUCUGUCACAAAAACUCUUUUAUCUAAACCUCAGUCUCUUCAUGGCACCACUAUGAUGACCCCGUCUGUUUCAAUUGCACCUGUUCGACCUGGUGCUGCUGUUCAAAAAGUAGUCAAACAGCCUUCUAUGAUUCAGGCUCAGGCAUCAUACAGUGCUUCUGAAGGUGAAGAGGAAGAGGAAGAAGAAGAGGAGGAGGAGGAAGAGGAGGGAGAGAUAGAUGAAGAUAUUAUUGAUGAACUAGAUGAAGAAGGAAAAAAGAAAAAGAAGGAUGUGGUUACUAUUAGUAGCUCAUCAGAAGAUGACUGCAUUGUUUUGUCUGAACCAUCUGAUCUUGAAGAAGAUGAAGCAGAUGAUGACCCUACUAACUCUGGUAUGCACACAAAUGAUGCAUUCAACGUGCCUGACGAGGAGGGCAGAGUUCAAGUUAAUAUGGGAAAACCUGAAGGAGAUCCUGAUAUAUUCCUUGCGCCACACAUAGCAAGAAUUAUCAAACCUCAUCAAAUUGGUGGUCUAAGAUUUCUUUAUGACAACGUAAUAGAAUCAAUUGAAAGAUUUAGCACAUCAACAGGCUUUGGUUGCAUUUUAGCUCAUUCUAUGGGAUUAGGAAAAACUUUACAAGUUAUCACAUUUUGUGACAUUUUCUUAAGGCAUACCCCUGCCAAAACAGUUAUGUGUAUAAUGCCUAUCAAUACCCUUCAAAACUGGUUAUCGGAAUUUAAUAUGUGGAUGCCUGAUGAUCCUAUGGCCACUCCUUUGGCUGCUCAAGGGGAAGUCAGACCCCGAACUUUUAGUAUCUAUGUUUUAAAUGAUUCACACAAAACCUUAAAAGCUAGAGCAAAGGUGGUGGAGGAUUGGUCAACAUCUGGAGGUGUUCUACUUAUUGGGUAUGAAAUGUACCGCCAAUUGAGCCUAAAAAAAGUUUCGAAACCAAAAAAGAGUAGAAGGAAGAGAAUGACGUCAGAUGAUGAAGAACUAGAUCGCGAGGAGGAAGAAAAGCGCCAAAAAGAAAUCUUAGAAAAGGUCUUUGAAGCCUUGGUAAAACCGGGUCCUGAUCUUGUUAUUUGUGAUGAGGGUCACAGAAUUAAAAACAGUCAUGCCUCAAUUUCAAUGGCCUUAAAACAAAUUCGAAGUAAAAGGAGAGUUGUGCUUACUGGCUACCCGCUACAGAAUAACCUUCUUGAAUACUGGUGCAUGGUUGACUUUGUUCGACCAAACUAUCUUGGAACAAAGACUGAAUUUUGCAAUAUGUUUGAGCGCCCAAUUCAAAACGGGCAGUGUAUUGACAGUACUCCUCAAGAUAUUCGUCUGAUGAGAUACCGUGCUCAUGUCCUCCACUCACUGCUUGAAGGUUUUGUUCAGCGGCGUUCACACUCAGUAUUAACGUCUGCUUUACCCCAGAAGUCAGAAUUUGUCUUGCUUGUGAGGUUGACUCCAUUCCAACGUAAACUGUAUGAUACCUUCAUGAAUGAAGUUGUACGCACUAAAGCUGUUCCUAAUCCUCUCAAAGCUUUUGCAGUUUGUUGCAAAAUUUGGAAUCAUCCUGAUGUCCUAUAUCAAUUCUUGAAGAAGAGAGAAGGUGGAGAAGGUGUUGACCUUGAUUUAGAAGAGGCAGCUGCUGCUCUUGCUGCCAAUACUGUUAUAGAUCCCACUGGUAACCCCGUCGAUGAAACGAAAGGAGCCCCGAAACCACGUGGCAGGGGAGGUGCAACUAGAGGCAGGAAGAAGAAAGAGGUGUCUCCUAUGAAACCAGCUGCUGCUGUUAUACCCAAUGCAAGCCAGAGUGAUUCUAAUCCUCCAUAUGGCGCAUCUGGUCAAUACCCUGUGCAUGGCCAAAUGAAUUCAAAUUCUAUGAUGGGUUCCUACAACCCAUAUGGCACCUCUGGUCAAACACCAUAUGGCUCAUUUAAUACACCUCACCACUACAAUCCGAGUGGUGCAUACGGACAUGGUGGAUAUAGUGGUGCCCCUGGGUUUGGUUCCAGUUCAAGCAGCCAUUCCUCAGCCCAAGGAUCUUUUACUGGUUCAGGAUCCAGUGGAUAUGGAGACUCUCUUGGCAGUUCUCCAGCUUCACAAAGCAGUCAGUAUGGUUCUUCAACAAACCAAUCAAUGUUCAGUGGAUCUACAUCCGGCAAUCCUCCGCCUGCUGGAUCAUCAUCAGGAUACAGUGGGAUGGCCCCCCCAUACUUCAGUGGCAAUAGCCCAUCUGGACAACACUCCAUGACGGACGGUUUUAGUUCAGGUUCCAAUUAUAGUCAAAAUUGGAGUGGUAGUGGUAGUGGUUCCUACAACUCCUUUAAUCAAGGGGCACCAGGCAGCCAGUCAUUUUCAGGUUCUUCUUAUAAUUCAAGCGGAUCAAAUCCAGCCUUUCCAGGGUAUGGAGCUAGUGGUUCGUCUGCCUCUUUCAAUCAAAGCAUGUAUGGAAGUGGAAGUAGUGGUUCCUCAAGCACAUCAACUCAGCCAUAUCAACCUGGAUUAAUGGAUCAGCAAAUGUUGGAUCAAAAUUUGAUGGCACCUCCAAGCCGCCCCAGUCUGAAUCCAAACUUAAUACCACAACAAAGCCCUGUUAAUGCAUCGGGCAUGCUUCCAGGUGGAAGCCCAAUCAGAAAUUCUUCCUCUUCACUCUGUCGGAAUAUUAAUUCCAAUCCAACUUCCCAGCAAAGCCCUGUUAAUGCCUCAGGUAUGCUGCCAGGUGGAGCACCAACAAAGAACCCCUCUAUGGGCUUGAUGGGGCCAGGUAUGGGAAUGAGUAGCACUCCUGGCUUGGGAGAAGGCAUGAUGGGUCAUCACCCUCAGAAUAUGGGUAUGUCUAAUGUUUACUCAAAUCCAUCUUCAAUGAUGAACAUUUCUAGCCAGCCCCCUAAUCAUUCACAAGCUACAUCAAUGGCUCCAAUGUCAUUGACUGCAGGAGACGUGCCACCCUCUGCAGAAGAUCUUCUUCAUUCAACUGAUGACUUCAGAGCAUUUGAUACCUCUAUAGGAAAGACUGAACCAGGAAAAGGAAUGUAUGACGUGAAGGACAGAUCAAUGUAUGAUCCAUGGAUUAACUCUCAUGGUCAACCUCAGGACUACAAUAUGGUGAAUAAUCAAGAUACAAAACCAAUGCAAAAUUCUGGAAUUAAAAAGUUUGAUAAUGAUAAAUAUAUUCCUGGCCCAUCACCCUUAAAUCAAUUGAAGAAUGAUAUGGUUGACAUGAAAUUGGAGAACAAGUCCAGCAGUGAUAUAGAUGCAAAAGAAUUGUGCACAGAUGAUGGAAAUAUUGUUAACAGUACAAAGGAAGCUGAUGCCAAAGGAACAAAUUCUUCUGAUUCGUGGAGAGUUGACUCAAUGGAGAUUUCUGAUAAAGACAAAGAUGGUCCAGAGGAAAAUAAUGAUAAAGAGGUUAAAGAAGAUGAAGAGGAUGUUGUCUUGGGGGCAGAAGGAAAAACACCUGUUGAAAUUACUCCUGUCAAAUCAUCAGGAAGAGAAGAUCCAGGAAUACCUUACGAUUGGGCUGUUGAAUUAAUGAAGGAUUAUGUCCCUGGGCUUAUUGAAAACUCAGCAAAAAUGGUUUUGUUUUUCUGCAUAUUAGAAGAGGCACUUGCUCUUGGCGAUCGCAUUCUUUUAUUUUCUCAGUCAUUAUUUACUUUGUCGUUAAUAGAAGAAUAUCUGCAACGCUCCUUCAUUCCUGCUCCUGGAGUUUAUGAAAGGUGGCAACGGAACCGUACUUAUUUCCGGUUAGAUGGUAGCACAGCUGCUCAGGAAAGAGAAAAACUUAUCAAUGAAUUCAAUGCCAAUUCAAAUGUGCAUCUCUUCCUGGUUUCAACCCGUGCUGGUUCAUUGGGUAUAAACUUGGUUGGUGCAAACAGAGUCAUAGUAUUUGAUGCUUCAUGGAAUCCCUGCCAUGACACACAAGCAGUUUGCAGAGUGUACAGAUACGGACAACAGAAGCCUUGUUUUGUGUAUAGGUUUGUCAUGGAUAACUGUCUUGAGAAAAAGAUAUAUGACAGACAAAUCAACAAACAGGGAAUGUCAGAUCGAGUUGUAGAUGAAUGCAAUCCUGAUGCACAUCUUUCUAUCAAGGAGGUUACCAACUUGUGCUGGGAUGAUGAGAAAGAAUCUGAGAUCAAAGAUCUCUCUGAUGAAAAAGACAAAUAUAAAGAUGUGGCAAUGCAAAAAAUUUUAGAAAAGUAUGGGAAGAUGCUGACAAAGGCACCUUUCCAACAUGAAUCUCUCUUAGUUGACAGGAAGGAUAAAAAGUUAUCACAAGCUGAAAAACGGUUAGCUAAACGUAGUUAUGAAAUGGAAAAGAGAGCUGCCAACAGACCUGUGUACAACUAUUAUAAUGCAAAUCAAGGGGGCCUUCAGAUUAGACCUGUUCAGCGUGAUGCUCAAGGUAAUAUCAUAAAGCCUAUUGCAAGUGUGCGCCCAAUGCAAUCUGAGCUCAACAAUACACUUGCAACUGGAAAUAGGAAUACAAAGUGGAUUCCAGCUGAAGUUUGGCAAAGACAGGGAAUGUCAGCCCAGGAAAUGACAUUGCCUUUAGAUGUUGUUAUUCCUACAAAUUCUCCUGAACGAUCAUCAAUUGUUCUAAAGGCCGGGCAGAGGGUUAUGGUACUUAAAAGUCCAAAGGGCAUUUACAUGCAACUGGAAAAUGGAAAAAUAAUCGCUAUCCGAACAGCUUUUAAGAUGGGCGCAAAUAACAAAACUGAGCCCACCAAACCAUUUGCUCAAGAUAAAGAUGAAUUAAAGAAAGGUGUAAAUGUUGGUAUGGCGAACAAGGGAAAUAUCAAAUUAACAAGUGGUAUUCACCCUUUACGAAACAACCCCAACAUAACCAUAACGCCUCGUGGUUCUCCUAAUCCUGUGCGAGGAGUUCGCCCUGUUUUAAAUCGCCCUCCAGGGAUGAGAAUGCAAACUACACCUAAUAUGAGGCCCUGGGUGCGCCCUGGUGGAGUUGCUGGCAGAGCAGUUCCUCUAAGACCUGGUCAAAAUAUUAGACCUGGUUUAAGAGGCUUAAGUCCUUCUGUUACUGUAACUCCUGCCAACACCAAGCCUCGUAACCUUGGUCCUGUGACAAUUACACCCCGUCUUGCACCCGCUAAUUUCCCUGGAAUGAAGUCUGAUAGUAGAGAUAAGUUCAAAUUGGAUUCUAAAGGGGAUUUAAAAGCAGAUCAAGGUGAUAGAUUUGAGAGUGAUGAUGGACAGAGCAGUAACAGCAGCUCGGAUAUGCAUUCUACUUCAAGUAGAAUUAAUGAUGCAGGUGACAGUACCCAUUCAAGAACUGAGAAAUAUGGCAGUGAAAGAGAUAUGGACAAGGAAGAUAAUCAUAGCAACAAACAAGACAGCAGCUUUGGUUCUGCUCAAAGUUCUCAUAAAAUCAGUGAUGGUGCAGCUUUAGAAAGUAAGUCUUCUGACGGGUACAAUGAAAGUGCAGUGAAUCAAGGAACUCAGGAUUUGUCUGUUGGUUCAAUGUCCGAUUCAUCAAAUACAUCAAUGAAAAAUUAUAAUCUAUCUGGUAAUAACCAUCAGGAUUUGAAAAACCUUCAUAGUCAAGAAAGUAAAGACCUAGGAAGUGGAAAAUCAUCCAAUCAAAGUCAGUCCUUUUCUGGGAGCAGUAUCUAUGGCUCAUCUGAAAAAGGAACAACUCAGUCAGCUUCAGCUUUUUCUGGAAGCUUUCCCAACUCUUCAGGAAGCAAGCAGUUUAACUCCAAUGUACAUGCUGGUAGCAUGAUGAGCCCACCUAAUUAUACCACACCUGCUGAUCACAGUAUUGAUGAUUCAAAGUCUUCCAGCAGUAUUGAAAAUCAAUGGAAAAGUCCUCCUGCUCCUCAGGCCUUUUCUCCUGGUGUUCCUAGCAUGAAAACAGCAUCACAGCAACGAAAUCUUGAAUCUCCAGCCUAUGAUGACAAUUCUAAUGCUUCAGUCCAUUCCAAUAUAUCCAGCAAAUCAACUGCAGCUCAUGGAACCAGUUUAGAAUCUCGCAGUCAGACCUCCACAGAAACAUCUUAUGGAGCAAGUGACCUGUCUAUGUCGCAUGCCAAAGCAUCCAGUAAGCCUGCCGCAUCUGGAAACAGCCAUAGUAGUACUUCCAAUUCUAAAUCAAGUCAUCCAUCUAGUACAUCAAGCAGUGGAAUACCUGUUACAACAUCAUCAAAUUUUUCCCCAUUAGAUUCGUAUGCCAACCUCUAUAGCAGUUACGGUGCGUAUCCUGGUGGCCUACCUUCCUCUAAUUAUUAUAGUCCUUACGGUUACCCACCUGGAUUUUUGCCUGAUCCAAAGAGCUCAUUACCUAACAAGAGUUCAACAGAGACAAAUCAAAAUGCUACAGUUUCUUCGAGCCGUUCAACUUCAAAAUCAUCCUCAUCAAGAUCAGAAACACCUAAAAAGGCAGCUCAUGAAACUUCUCGUUCAACAUUGCCCUCAUCGUAUGAAACUCGACAGCCUUCGUCCUCGAGCAGCUCAUCCUCAGCUGCACAUACUAAUAGAAGUGGGAGUUCAUCCACAUCUUCAACUCCUGCUAGUUCAUCUUCUACUGCACCUGAACCAGGGUCCUAUUCAUCCAACUCCAGUGCUGCAGCAGCUGCCGCCUACAACCCCAUGAUGAUGUCGCAUCCGUCCUUCAAUCCUACGUCGUGUCAGUAUCCUCCUCCCUCCCCUGCAUCUGGAUCUGCCAAUCCAUUUACAGCAGCAGCUGCCGCUGCUGCAACCUAUCCUAGUCCAUAUGCAUCACCAUAUGGCUAUCCAAGCGCCAAUCAAUUUGAGUCUGACCUAGCCAGAGCAUCUAUGUACAGUGCAUUUCAUCGACCUGAGGCAGGUCUUGAUCCAGCAUCACCAUACCUAGCUUUACCUGCCCACACUAGACCAAUGUCAGGGGCUGCCACUUCAGCUAGCAGUUUCUAUUCCCAAAAUGUGUAUGGUAGUCAAUAUGCAGGUGCUAGAGACCCCUACUCUCAACUUCCUCCUUAUCCUGCUAGCCCAUUAUUCAUGCCCCCUGCUCCUUAUGGUGGAUUGGCAUCAACUACCACAUCAACUGCCACGUCUGAUCAAUCACCAACCCAAUGAGAACUCUCCAACAUCAAUAUUUCCAUGACCAUAAUGAAGGAGACCAGUAUCAGGAUAAACAUUUAGCUUCCUAUAUUACAUACAAGUUACCUUUUUAUCAUUUGUCAGUGUUUAGGUGAAGGGUCAGUGACCCUGAAAUGUGUUAUCUGCAUAUUAGAAAUGUGUGGUUCAUAUGUUUCUUAGUAUGAUUGUGAGUGUGGCUGUGGCUGUGUGUCUAUACUUAAGUACAUCAUAGAACAAUUUUCAGAAGGUGAACGUGAUAUUUAAAAUAAAUCAAACUUUUUUUUUGUCCAGCAUGUAAGGACUUGCUGUGCAGCUGUUGUUUAAGUAAAAGAAUCAACCUGUGGAUAUAUGUAAGUUUUCAGAUAAUUAGGAACUGGUAAAUCAUCAGUAAUGUGUACAGUAGCAAUAAGCUGUAAAUAAAUUUUGUUACACAAAUACAAUUUUUAAUAUAGUUUUAUGUUCAUUGUAAGAUCUUCGUUUCUUUUUGUUUAGUAAACUAUUAUUAGUGAAAUGUAAUGAAAUUUUGUACAGUAUUGAGAGAUAGAGGAGAGUGUUUCAUUGCUUGAACGGUCUCUGCUACUUUGCCUCUUAAAGAAAUAGUAAUGGGCAUUUGUACCCUAAUUACUGGUACCUGUAUCCCUUUUACUAAAUCUCUGAAAACUGAUGGGCUUUUUUGUGUGUAUUUAUUCUUAUCAUGGUUUAGUUCCUCUUUUUUUUAUUAUUAAGUGUGCUGGCUUUUCCUCCACAUUUUACUUUACUUUUAAUUUUACUCUCUUGUAACCCUCUGUGCAAAAAGUUGUAGCGAAUAUUGACUGACUUUGAUAUACAUCGAUGGCUACAAUGGCUUUCAUUUUACUGAGAUCACAUUGAUAUUUUUGUUUUGUUUUACCUCUAAAAAACUAAUGAAUCCGUAUUUGCUGUGUUCAUUGUUCUUUCACUCUAGCUGGGGACAGUUUUUAAUUCACAACUUGUGGUUUCCUUAAAUACACAGUAAGAAGUUAAAUGAUUUUUUUUUAAAACAAGGAAGUGGUCCAUCUCGGAUCAUUAUUUGCUGUAUAGUUAUGCUGAGUAGAUAAAUGCUGCUUAGACAAAUAGACUUUGACAUUUGUCCUUGGAUUGCUUAGGAUAGUCAUUAGGACAUCCUGCCCCCUUCCAAAACAAUAUUGCUUUGCCAUGCAUUUAUUAUAUUUAUAUAUAAUCUAUAACUUAUUAGUACCACUAAGGAUUGAGAGAUUUCAAGCUCAUCUCUUAUUUAAGACUGAAUAUAACAUUUGAGGCAUGUUAAUAUUAGUUUUUCUUCAGCUUACUUUUUCUACUAUACAAUGAAAUGCACCAUUAUUUAAUUAAUUGAAGUUUUUCUUUUUUUCAAUUGCUGUGUUAUUUGAUGCUUUUAAUUUUACUUUCUAUGACCUGUCUAUGCAGCUAAUUAUUCAGAGGGGGCCUGGAAUAUGUCAUUCUGUUUUGAUCUGACAAUAAUGCUACUUUCAAAAGUUCCCUUGCUCAGUUCUUCUAAUAUGUAUUAGAGUUAAUGCUUUUUCUAGGCUGACGACUUUAACACAUGACUGACAUUCCCCCUCCCCCCUUCCCCCUUUUUCUUUCUUUUUGUGGAUUUGGUGGAUGGGUCAACACCCAUUGAGGUUGUUAUGUAACUGUUUUCGUCUCUCCUUUAGUAUAAAGCCAGCCCACUUAAUUACAGUAUACAUAGUGAAUAAAACCUUCAAAAAAACCCUUAAAGUAUCAAUUGUGCAAGCAGAGAUUACUUGGCUCUUUUUAGUAAUGUUUCUUGCUUAUUUAUAAAUAUUUACAAAUUGUACAUAGAAGAAUAUUUCUUCUACAUUUCAUGUGAUGUUAAGUGUAAAUUAAAGAACCCACCCAUUUUAUGUAUAUGUGUACAAUCAGCUCUUUGUUAAACUACUUCUAUACCAUAAACAUUAUCAGAUUUACUAACUGUAAGCCAAAAUAAUUUGUCGUUGACUUGUAAAAAUGUUUUUAUAAAUAAAUAUACUAUGACUCUAGUA